GGAAGGGAGGAGUCUACUGCGUGACUCAAUUAUUGAAUCAACGGGGCCACCCUCCCCAAUCCCCAAGCACUGGUAAUGCAUUUCGUGGGGAUGUCUCAUCUUCUUCAGAGCGGCUCGCAAGAAAAGGGAGAGCACACCUUAGUAAACAUUAAAACGGAGUAAACAAGCCUUCUUCCUGAAACAAGGAAACAGCUUUCUACACAGAGCAGCAUAAUUCGCAGGAGUUUAAGAUCACUAUAUUAAAACCCUGCUUCAGUAUAACUCAUUUGAUCUCCUGCCAUCAUUAUUUGCAUGCAGCAACUUUCAGGAAGAAAAGGUUCUGUCCCUGUGGGUGAAGUCAAGAUUGGAUCAUCCCAGGUGUGAUAACGGUAUUGAAACAGCAGAGCUGACUGAAGGGCUCACCCCAGCUGUAAGGAGCAUCAUGGCAGACCCUGACUAUGAUGAUGAUGGCGAUGAAUUGGUUAAACCCAAAAAACUCAUCAAUCCAGUGAAAACCUCCAGGAACCACCAGGAUCUUCACAGGGAGCUCCUCAUGAAUCAGAAAAGGGGCCUCGCUAUUCAAAACAAACCUGAACUGCAGAAGGUCAUGGAGAGGAGGAAGAGAGAUCAGGUUGUGAAAGAGAAGGAGGAGGAGGCGGUGAAGAAGAUGAGCGCCCUGGAGAUCGAGCUCAUGAAGAGGCAACAGAAACUGGAGCAGAUUGAACUUGAUAAACAAAAAAAUGAAGAAGAGCAGGAGAAUGCUCCUGAGUUUGUCAAGAUGAAAGGUAACCUGAGGAGGACAAAACAAGAAGCUGAGGGACUUGAACACGACAGCUAAAUUCAACCACACAGUCCAUGACACAUCUAGAGAAAUACAUUUAAAAAUUCUGCAGGUUUUGUAUUCCUACAACCAACAAAGAGACGUUAUCUUUGUAGACACAAGCACCUUUGCAGUGUUGUGAGGCUUAACAGUAUUUACUUCUUUAAUAUCAUUGGAGACAGGCAGUAACGCAAAGACCAGUAUAUCAACAUGCAUAAAUUUCAAUUGAAACUGAAGUUUGUUCCAUUGUGAAAGAACUUGGAACUUUAACAGAUGCAAAAUGAAGCCAGGGAAUGCUACUUUUUUCAAUGUAAGAUUGGAAACUUGGACACUGGAUGAACCUGUGGAGCUGCACUAAAGUGUUUAAAAGCCAAGCUCUGUGCAGAUACCAUAAUAUUAUUUAUGUAUUAUUUUUGCAAUCAUUCAUAGGAGUUUAAAUAUGUAUAGAGUUUUCUUUCCUUUUUUAUGUCAUUUUUUGUAAACUAAAUUCCUGAAGUUGGCCAGUUAAUUGGAACAGGAGGGGAACUGCUUGGCUGUGCAGUAAACUUUGCUUGCUUUUUUGUAUUAUUAUUUGUAUUAUUUUUGUUUAUUUUAAUUUGGUUGUUUUAAGUUAUGUAAGAAGUCCAGGUGUGGGUGUCUCUUUUUUUUCAUUGUUUAUCUUCUAAUAGGUUAAAGUUUUACCCAUGCCAAUGUAAUGGAGUAUUGAAAUGAAAGAUUUGCGCUGAUAAUGUAAUGACAUAUAGUGAAAUUGUAUGACAAUGCAGUUAAAAGGGGACACAGAUUUGAGUUUCCCAUCUAGCAUUCACUAACUUGCAUUUUUUUCUGGUUUUCUGAAUGCAACAAUGUCUUUAAAUAAAGAUGACAAUAAUUUA